AUGGGUCACUACCUCUCGGCCCUGGCCUUUGCUACUCUCAACACAGGCCGUGAGGACCUGGCACAGCGUGGUCUGCUGAUGGUAGAUGAGCUGAAGAAGGCGCAGGAUGCUCACGGCAACGGCUACCUGUCUGCUUUUCCUCAGGAACACUUUGAUCGUUUGGAGAGCCUGAAGCCGGUCUGGGCACCAUACUAUGUGAUCCACAAGAUCAUGCAGGGACUUCUUGAUCAGCACACCAUGGUUGCCAAUCCGCUCGCUCUGGGGAUGGUGGAAGACAUGGCAAAGUACUUCUGUAAUAGGGUUGAGCGGGUGGUGGAGUCUCGUGGCGAGGACUACUGGCUCCUCACGCUAAACACCGAGUUUGGCGGCAUGAAUGAGGCAAGCGAGUGGUUCUGGUGA